CACCACCACCCACACCAAGUCACAUUCUCUACCACCUUGCCAUUGCAUUGUCUCUCUCAGAUUUCAUUAGGAGCGAUGGCGGACCCUUCGCCUCCUCCAGAUGUAGCAGAGCUACAAGUCGCCUUUCUCAGAGCUGACAAUGUCACGCCAAGUCUCCUCCACGAUACCCUCGAGGCGCUCCUCUCUACAGAGGUCACCACUGCUCAUGACCUCGACCUCAACCUUUGGGUGUCGAUGGCAGUCCUCCACACACUUACUGAUGUACAGCUUGCAACAAGAAUCUCCAGUAUAGAUGCAGUGUCGGCUUUACUUGCAGUCGGCCUGCGAGCCUCAGGAAAUCUUCGCAAUAGUAUGGCCAGCAGCUCGUCUGCCCAAGCGCAGCAGGCAUCGAUGGCUAUCCCCUCCCAGCUUCACAUAAUACAGAGCUCCUUCGAAGCAUGGCAGAAGACGGGCAUGGUAGCUCGUGCACAGGAGACAUCCGAAUCUAUAUGGCCAGACAAUGGCGGGGACGAUGAGGAGGAAGAGGACGAAGAGGCGGCUUGGUUCGACUCUAAGGCCACGCCUUCUCCAAUGCCCACUGCAGCUCCUGCCAUUUUGCUCUCGUCUCUCAUCUCGGCCCUCUCCAAGCCGGAACUAUUGGCCUCUCUGAUAGCGCCAUACCCUGAUAGACUAGCGAUUUGGCUCCGCAAUCUCUCGACGAAUCUCUUCUUGGCUCACGUCUGGCCGCACCGUCUGGAGGUCAUCAAGAGCGGGCUGGUGCACAGUGCCAUUGCAGGUGAUGACGCUGGAGUGGUGCGUGCCCUAGCCUCAAGUCAGCUGCUCCCUUUGCCAUCUGAACAAGGAAUGGAGACCGGCAUGUGGAUCGAUCUCUACGCAGACGGAGAGAGGAGUGAAGCGAAGAGGCAAUCGCCUGUAGGCAGGUCAGACCCAAUGAAUGGGCUCGAAAUUGCGGAAUGGUACCUCUCGCUCGGCCGACUGCUGACGAGUACUUUUCAAGCAACGAGUACCUCCGCUGCUCUCGCUGAUGCUGGUCUCAAGGCUUUCUCCACGAUGCCUGCCACAGAGCAGACUGCCCUGAAGGACACUUUGCAGCAGCUAGGGGGGCUGAGCGAAGAAGGCCACAGCAAAGCAACCCAUGUAACUGGAGGUGCAAGAAUACGAGAGCUUCUGGCAGACCCUGUACGCCAGGUACUGGGUUCAUUGAGGAGCGCAGACUCGGUCGACUUGUUGAAAAUGCUGGACGUCAUUUCCACUGGCACUGGACGCCCUGUAUCUGACGUAGCGCGUGAGGUCCUCUUCGAGGCCUACGCCUCAGCGAAUCUUUCUCCAGAACAUCUGAGCCUCUUUUUGACACAAGCAACGGGUGGGGAUUCCGUGAAAGUCCAGCGGAUACUAAUCAGUAUGAUCCUGGCCAGCAAGAGCGGGCACAAGUGCUCUCUGCUAGCUUCGGUGAUCGACAAGCUUGCAGCAUCAACUCUCGUCGUAAUGGCACUCUCGAUCGCUCAGGUCUUCCCUCGUCUAGAGGAGAGCGGUAGUGUCAGCAUCCCUGAGACGCCAAUCUUGCCUUCGGCCGAGGGUGUUUAUCGAUCUCUUGAGGAUGUUGGACAGUCGGAACCGUCAGGGUCGAAUCUCGCGGUUCGAUGCAAGGCAUACCUGCUAUGUGUCUCCAAGGAGGGUCCGCUUGCAGAGGCUCUCAAGGAGCUGCCGCCCUCUGUCAUUCUACUAGCUGCUGGCAAGAAGAGGGUCCAGACUGCCCUUGCCAAGAAGCUCAUCGCAAGCGUCAGCAAAGCCGGGUUUGAUGAUGCUUCCAGCUGGCUGAACCUCAGUGACGACCUGUUGGACCAGAUCUCCGACGAUAAACUUCUCGACGCUCUCGAGCAAACAGAUGUGGUAGGAGAGCUUCUCCACGGCGCUCUCUUGAGCAGCCACUCCGACGCUGCAUACUCCCUUCUCGUAGGCCGACUACCAAGCUUGCCGGGCCCCCAGCUCGAUGGUGUCCUUAUUGACUCUGCUCGCGAGCUCUUCGAUCGCGUUCAAGGUGGUCGACCCGCGGUCUCCGACUUGCGCACCGUCCGAAAUAUUCUCUCGCUCUCCUCGAAUGCCACCUCUUCGGCAAAUAUGACUGGCUCGCAAGCCUUUUUCAAAGCCGUACUACGGCUCAUGCAGCUCAGUCAUCCUCUCUCGUCGUCCUUGCACCCUUCACUCCUCAUGUCGCCAGUGGAAAUCAGACUUGCGGCGGAUAAGGUUGAUAUCAUUCGCCAUUGGCUGGGGUCUACAAAUGACACGGCUUGGAAACGGGAGGAUGACGUGCUGGACACGGCCUGGGGUCUGGUUCAAGGGUCGGGCAGUGGAAUGCUGGGCGACGCCAAGCACUCGGCCGAAGCAGGUAGCGCCCGGAUCGACGGUGGCGAAUCUGAGGUGGAGCCGGUACCCAGCCGAUCGAUGGUCAAGGUGAGAGUCCUUGCCCUCCUCGCCGAGGCAGCCAUCUCCAAUGGCGACCUCGCCUUGACGACUCAGUACGUCGAUUCGAUGCUGCAAAGCUUCCGCGAGCUCCUCAAGCGCUCUCGCCGUCUCAGCGCCAACCCUCAAGUCGCUCAAACGACCUCUAACACCGGCUCUCCGGCCCUUACAGUAGCACAGGCAGAAGCAAAGCGAGGGCAGGAAACAGUCUGGACUACCCUCUUUCUCCUGUCUAAGCACCCGAGCUGCACGGACGCUGCGGCGAUGCGACGAUGGCUUGCUGAGGGGAUGGCGUACGCUCCCGAGGAGCGUGUGGCAGACUUGCUGAAGCGAUGGAGAUCCCUCCCUCCUCCCGCCAGUGGGAGCGGGGAAAGCAUCCCGAUGUCCAGAUCUGGUAGCGGAGGUGGACAUGAGCACCAGCAGCCACGUCGGUCCCAACCCUCCUCUUCUGGGUCUUUGUCGACGAACAACAAUCCAGCUGCGCACAGAGCAUACGGCUCUUCGGGCCUAGGGCUGGGAUCAGGCGUUUUCAGCUUGGCAGCAGCAGCUGUCAAUCGAUCCCACUGGCCAUUGAGGCUCGGCAGCACUCACGCUCCCUCUCCUUCUGCGAUGGAAGGAGCAGGGCAGAGUGCUCCUCGCUCUUCCUCCUCUUCCUUCACAGCCUCGUCAGCGUCAGCAUCCGCAACCGGAGCAGGCGGAGCCGGCACAGGCAGUCUCUCCCUCGGCACCUCUGGGGUAGGAAACGCCCUCUCCUCCUUAGCUGGGCAGCUCGGUGAGGGUUACGGAGCAUAUGGCUCUCGUCUGACCGGAUUCCUAUCCUCUACUGCCGGCGGCAGUAGCAGUGGUGGUGGUGGUGGUGCUGGUGAAGGAAGGAGCAGACCGACCACUCCUUCUUUUGCAGGAGGGACAGGGAAUGGGACAGCCAUGGGAGACUCCCAAGGUCAUCACGGGCAGAAUGCUGGUGGCGCUGAGCCUCAGUUCCAUGCACCCCCACGCUCAGCCGCACAGCUCUUCGACGAUGCUGCUACGGGAUAUACAGCCGCAGGAGGAGGAGGAGGUGGUGGAGGGGGUUGGGCUGCAUUGGGUACGAGGGGUAUGGGUUGGUUGAUGGGAGAGGAGGAGCGCUAGAUUGCUCGUUC